AAACAAGAUGAAACAAAUGGCUGGUAAAAAGGGACAAGUGCUCAGAUAUCCGGAUUUUGACAUUCUGACCAAACGCUUUAAUGAAGUGUUAGAUGCUUUAUGUCGUAAGUAUUUUUUUUUUCAUAGAAGAUUUCUCAAAGACAACGCUACGUCAAAUAAGAAAGAAGUAGUGCGCAGAAAGGACUGAACCCGACUUUCGGUGCUGAAUUUGUUACUCUGUCAUUGGUCAAUUCGGUUUUUAUAUCUGCGAACAGCGUGGUCACUUUCGUCGCGUCAUCUUCCCAUUAUGGCUGUCUCACAAGCGAGCAAGAUGAAGCAAAAUCUGUGUUCUUUUAGGCCACCCCAGAGAGCAACAUAGCCUUUUUUGUCCGUUCGAGGAUUCUGGCUCUGUUCCCGCGAAAAAAGUUAUCGCACAGAGCAUCGAAUCAAAUUCUCCAAAUACUCCUCGUAGCAGCAUAUAACCUACUAACGUAGACAUAGUUUUUUGAACACAGUGCUUUUAAUAUUUUGCGUGUUUUUCAGCGGUGAAUGGAGGUUACACCAACUGGACGAUUUCUGAAUGCAGUGUGUCGUGUGGAGGAGGUGUAAAAAUAUUGACAAGAAGCUGCACCAAUCCUCCAUCAGCCAACGGUGGAAAAAACUGCAAUGAAUUGGGACCAGCAAAUAUGACAGCUUCUUGUAAUGAACAAGAGUGCCGUAAGUGUUUUACUGUUUGCUUUGUUUCACUCCCGAAAUCCAAAUAAGAUGGUUAAUAUUGUUUUAGAACAAAGUCUGGCAAGAAUCAAAAAUCAUAUUUUCCUUAUCGCGCAGUCUUGGGAUGUAAAGCUAAAAUUAAUGCCCUAUCUCUCAUGAUUUUCGGCACAAUUUUGAAAACGAUCAAAGUUUUUGCUUUUUGCUAGCGCUUAUCACUACCAGCAUAUUUUCGAUAUAUUUUUAGUUUUUUUGUUAUUGCUCUGUCCAUGGUUCAGUCUAUUCAGUCCUAUACCAGGGCUUCGUUGUUAUCCGUCUUGUACUGAGCAUAUCGACCGUUGAGUCGUUCUAUCACCGGUUCCUGCUUUCACCGGAAACAAGAUUAUGUCAGGCACCAUGCAGAUAGGAGAGAAAGAACAGUCACUUGAUAGGCGGGCCAUCCAGAUCCCGAUUAAACUGUUAAAAAUCCAAGCCUGAAGCAAAACAAAGGCAAAUACAAGACUAGGGGAGCAGGGGCGGAUCCAGGAUUUUUUUUAGGAGGGGGUGCACUCGUCUCUUGCUCUACUUCAACACCAAUAAACCACAUAGUUUUUUUUUGCAGAAUACCAGUUGUAUUAGAAAACCGCAGGUCAUCUCAGGUGGGGGGGGGGGUGCGCACCCCCUGCACCCUCCCCCUAGAUCCGCCCCUGGGGAGUGAGAUUAAAAAUGCCAUUAUUACAUGAUUACAUAAAGUUAAGCAAGACGUUGUCAGACUGGGCGUUCUUGUAUCAGGCGUAUGUUAAGUUUUCAUGCGUGUCAGGGUUGUGUAAGUUGUGCAGUAGUGUUGGUUGAGAUGUCUGAAGUGGAAGACAGGAAGACGGGAAGACGAGGACGCUGAAUUUCAAUUUACCACAAGUCGCUUCAAAGGAAAGACUCGCCUCAAAAUUUCUAACAUAAACUAGUUCGCCGAAAGCGCCACAAACGAAUACUAUCAAGAGGCGCAUUAACUGUGAACGCAAAAUCCCUCAAAAUCGCUUAUUAUAAUUAUUUCCAGGAAAACGACAAAAAUUAACAGUAGAUAAGGUAAUACAACUUUUAUUUAGCAUUGAUCUAUGCACACAUUUAGCGAUAUGUUUCUACAGAUAAAGCAAACUGUAACCAGUGCAUGGGAGAGUAUAGAGAUCGUUCAGACUCUCAACUAUAGCCAAACCUGCCAAUUCCAAUUAUUUCCGAGAGAUUUAUGUAAAAAAAAAUCAGAAAAUAAUCACCCGGUAUCUAAGGAGGAAUUUCCGUAAGCUUUCUCCAAAUUGAAAAUCAUGAUUGUCUUAGCAAUUCCUUGUAGCAUUUUCUAAAGGACAAAAACGAGCACAAUUUUAGAAGAUUUGGGCGUAAAAAAUAUAUUGUUUUACAAUAAAUGGAGGCCAAAUGAAUUAUUUUUGUAAAAUCUGGAAGCCCAUUAGUCUAACAGUUCCCCGCAUCACUUGGCUGACAAUCCAUUUUGUAGCCACCAUGUUGUUUGUCAUACAUGUAUUUCAUGUUUAAGCUUAAUUUUAUUGUAGUUUUAUAAGAUGUAACUGAAUUAUUAUGAAUUUAUUUAUGAUACCUAAAUUUCAUUUAUGAUUAAUUGUCAAAAAUACUCAGUAGUAGUAGUAGUAGGAAUAGUAGAAGUAGUAGUGAAUUACAUUCCAUUUUUUGCAGCACCUCCAUGCAUUGCCGGACUAGACAUUGGGAUCGUUUUAGAUAAGUCUCAAAGCAUCAAUAAGAAAAACUUAGAAAGAGUUAUCGAGUUCCUAGCAGACCUGGUAAGAAAGUUCAAUCCGGCACCGGAAGGGGAUCACUUUGGGCUCAUCACAUUCGACAAUGUUACAAGAUUGGUGUUUGACUUCUCUGACUCUGAAUACUACAACUUGGACAGUCUUGAGAAAAAAAUAGAAAGCGAACCAACAGAAAAAGCCAAAUAUGUUGGAACUCGCACCGAUCUUGCUCUAAUUAUGGCGCGGGACCAGCUGUUUACUGAGGCGGGAGGAGACAGACAAAACAGCCCUAACGUAAUGUUAGUCCUGACUGAUGGAGUGCCCUAUGGCUUGCCGAAAAAUCGCAAUUUUAGAGUCUUUUCUAAAAAUAUAUUGAAAGAUUUCGAGGUAAGUACUUAUUACAUUUUCUUCUAUCAAGGACACCUUUCACCUUCGGUCAAUUUCGUGAAUCCCUGUUUGUUUAUAACAUAUUAUGGCAUGUGUAGCUUAAAGUUUAGAGUUUGUUUCGGUUAAGUUAUAACAAGGAAAGCUAAUACCAUAUCACAUUCGUUUUUGAAUUUAAGUCACGUAACUGAAAACUAUAAUUGCGCUUAACUCACUGAACACUCUAAUGUGGUGCAGUGGAGGCCUUGGUUACCGAAGUUAACACAUUACACUUUAUAUCUAUAGGCCGGGAGGGGCUCGGGUUCAUGCCUUGACAGAGUUUCAGCGAGGGACUGAGAGAGCAACUUACCGUCGUUCGCUGGAAAACGUCACUCUGCAAAAAGCGUGUUAACGAGCAUGCAAACGGCUAUCUUGAGUUAAUGCCAAAUUAGGAUAAUUAAGCGCGUGGUGGAAUAAACUACAUGUGUAUUCAUUUCAUUCGUUCUAAGUAAGAUUAUCGUGUUCAGAUUCGUGUGUAGAGUUAUAUAUUUACUUCUAGUAUAUAUAUUUACUCUGCUAUCCAUUGGUAACUAACAAUGGUGAAAGGAGUUUGGCACUACCCCUUGGUAUAACCUAAGAACUUAACAUCUGUAACCAACAGACAAGUAUCCAGAAAGAACGACAGAAAGAAAGAAAGAAACUUUUCCUUUUUCUUGUUAGCCAACUUAUGCAUUUUUUUAUUUAAACAAAACCAGUCGCAGGAUACUGGCGAAAGGUGACACUAAAUUUCAAUGACAAUACGUUAAUAACUAUAACCGCCACCAUUUCAGUUUUCGUGCAGCAUUGUUUAUUGCACUUUCACCUCUUUUCUUUUCUUGGUCUUGUGUUCAAUUUAGGAAAAGGAAGUUCACAUAGUGGUAGUUGGUAUUGGCCGCAAAAUAAACACAGACACUCUUAAACUGAUAGCAGGAAAAAACGGACCUGUGUUGAAUGUCGCUAGCUUCCAGAAACUGCAAGAAGAAAUUGACAAAAUCAAAUCAUCUGUUUGUUCAGGUACUUUGUCUUUUAAUUUUGGUGUCAAGGAAACAAGUUGUUUACAAUCUCGACUAUCUGUUCGGCUCAAUUUCGACAGUCUUUUCUCUUUCUUCUCUUUACUUUGAUCGUCUUUGUGAUAUAAAUCAAAGGGGAUGUGGCUAAAAAUCAAGUAGGCUUUUACCAGGAUUUCUGAAAUACACUCACAUUCUACCUGAUCCGCUUCUCUCAACAGUAUACUGACUUCUUUAUAUGACUUAUACUGUUUUAAGAAUAGGACCAAAGUCGAAAGAUCUGACACAUGCGCAAUUAUAUAAUAUGUACCUAGAGAAAAAGCAGUAGGGAUAAGCCGGCUUUGAAAUUUUACCAGAAUCUGAUGACUAUCUUAAAAUUACAGAAAUAAUAAAUUAUUGAUAAAAAAAUAAGCUCAGAGAGAUCUCUGAUUUGUUUAUAUAACGCCUAUCUUCUGUCUUGGGCUGGAUUUCUACUGUCGCGUAAAUUUCGCGUGCGUACGGACGUAAAAUUUACGUGCCUAAGCUUUGAAAUAGGGGCAGUGUAUGAUAGGCCACGGUCAACUUAAACUUUUACGCGCAACACUUCAUACAUUGCCUCUAUUUUAUUUACGCGUGUAACAUUUUCGUGUGUACGAUUUCGUUCUAGCUUCCUCCCAUCAGCUCGAGCGGAAACGCUUGCUACGUCGGCUAACAUCUAUAUGCAUUUCUAUAAUUUGCAGAUUAACACGCCACUGCAGGCUACCGGGACGUCGUUAACCAAAACGUGGCCUGAUUUGUGGAAGAUCCGAAGGACUCGGUUUAUAUACUAUUCAGAAAGCCGUAGUUUGGUUGUUGUUUAGUUCAGGAAGUUAAUUUCCAAUUGGGGUAGUCCAUAGUAUCUUGCUGCGAUUUUCUUCAUCUGAAUUGCUGAGGAUGGAUUUCCACUGUCGCGUAUUUCAUACGUGGGUAAAUGAAAUAGAGACAAAAUGUAUUGAAGGUCGCGCGUAAACGUUAAAGUUGAAACUCCCUCAACUUUCACGUUUACGACACUUCAUACAUUUCCAUUUUAUUUACCCACGCAAACUAUUACUGUUUGGGUUUUGCUGUCUGGACAUUUAUAGAAACAAAUGAGGAUACCGAUAUUGGCAAUGUAUAAAAACUGUGUGGUGAUAUUCCCGUAUUCAAUCCGUAUUUAGUCUCUAAACGCCAAAUUACCACAUUGUUUGAUUGAGUUUCAUGUGAUGCUCCUUUUAUGUUUUUAUCUUGGGCUGUGAGGUUAUAGUGUUAGACUGGUUUAAAACUUUAUCUACAAUAGGACAGUGGUUUUUUCACUCUUAUUACUGUGAUUAAUAAAAUAAUAAUAAUAAUAAUGAUAAUUAAACAUUUUACUUGUCCUACAUAAAAUGCGGUCUUAUGUUGUUCACUCAAGUCUUUCUGAUCCAUCAGGAUAUUUGCCGCAAACUUAGUGUGAGGAAAAAUUUCCAGGGCGCAAGAAUCAGUGUGAAUAUCCCAUUUUUCCCGUCCCCGUACCCAAACGUUUUGACAAGGUUUUAACAGGAGCCAGAAACGGGGUAGGAGACCGCAAGCGCGGGGUCUACGCGCUCCCAUCGAAAUAGCCAAAUGUGCUAUUUUUAGAUCAAACUGCGCCACCCUCAACGUCCCAAUCUCGCGAGGGGAACCCCGCGAAUUUGCGCAGCUAUCGUGUGGAAUUUCAGGAGAUGGGCGAUUGUUUUGCAACUUUAUUUGGGUGCUCUCUGAGCUUCUCUGAACCUUCCAUUUGCUUCAUAUCUCAAUAGGCAAUGCAUGCACAGUGUAAGAAUGAGCCAAUAUUAUAUAAACGUUACUAGAAAUACGCGUUUAUCGCAAAAAUGUCGCGAAGCUAAUAAAGGGAAACCAGCCCUGGGGAAAAUACAGUAUGAUUAAAAACAAAAACAAAAACAAAAGAAAACGAAACGAAACGAAACGAUGCAAAUUUAUACAACAAAGAAAAUAACAGCUUAGCAGAGAGUCGAACCUGAACCAUCUGCUCGGAAGGUCGGCUCCUAGACCACGUUGCCACGCUACCAAAGCGUUAAGUGGGAAAAUUGUUAUUACAAUAUUGAAAGUAAGUUUUCUGUGAAAUUCAAAUGGUAAACACUGUUUGAAACUGGUAGAGCUGUAUUUAUCAUAAAUUCAAAGAUAUAUUAGAGGAAUAUUUACCAUAAUCAUUAUUUGUUGUUGUUUUUAACUUUCCUCCCUCCUUUUCGCCGCAAGUUUUUUUCGUCCGAACGAGAUAUUCAUCGCACGACAUCUCUUCGUCACUGGAUUUGCCAAAAACCCUCGCACUACGGUGAUUAACAUAAGCAAAAUCAGAAUCAGAGCCCUCAUAUUUAGAGUUAUUGUCAAAGAGGUUCUCCUCAAGGUCUUCCCUCAAAUCCAGAGGAGGCAAUGAUGACUUUAAUGGAAUUUAUUCAUCUCCAUCUAACGGAGGUGAUUUCCGACGUCUCUUUGGUUGUUUAUGCGCGCGUGUCACACGAGAUGGCACAAUUUGUGAUAAAAAUAGCACAUUUGCAUUGGCGAUUUCAGUGUAACCAACCCCAUAACUUGAGAAGGUAUCCAGUUACGGUCUCCUUCCUCGAUUGUGGCUGCUGGUUUUAAGUAAUAGGGACAGUAGAGGAAACCAGCGGUCUAAAUAAUUUCUCACGGAUGAUAUAUCCAUAAACUGACCAACACCAACAUCUUAACGAAAUGUAUGUAACGGCAAUACGUGCAUCUAGCUUAGUCACUCAAGACAUAAGGCAAAACAUGUGGAUGUCUCAGGACAAGUUUUUUAUGAACAAUGCUAAAAAUGAACUUGAUUGUCUUUCAUUGUCGGCACCCGUCAACAAGUCAGUGUUGUGUCAGUGUAAGUGUCUUGGACGCUUUAUCAUUGCCCCACAAUCUCUCGUUCUAACCUACAGAUGGGUGACUAGAAUACGAAGACAAGCUCUGUUGCGUUCUGAUACAGUCGAAAGUCCAUGUGCAGCAACCAAGUCAUCUUAAGCGACAACUUCCCAUAAGCGAUCACCUAUCCAAAAAUUCAAAAUUUUCCUAGGCAAAUCACUACAAUUUGCACCUGUCGUAAACAACGGCCUCACCAUAUAUGGUCAUGAUGAGAGGUCAUCUAAAAGUAUGAUUGGUUAAGCGAGUACCACGUGUCCUUUGACGUAAUUUAAGCCAAGUCACACAACAGAAAACGGUCAAACCGGAAAUGUGUCACCCAACAUCGGUUGCCCUGGGUACAAGCGGGGACGUUGGACCUUCAUUCCCCGGUGUUUAAGGCGUUGAGUUGCUCAACAACGCGUUGUAAAAACACUUCCGUGUUAAUGUCGUCCAUGGUGAUCCCGUGCUGGAGAUCGCUGCAGUGGGGGGUGGUUGGGACAUGUCCACUCGGCAAUAGGACAGUAGAGGCGUUCAGCGAGUUCGGUCAUGACGGCCCAUGGGUGGGAGUGUUGCAGCUUGAUGACCAUGUGACAAAUGUCGACAACAACAACAAUCUUUAUUGUGCUCUUGAUACAAAACGUGUUAAGACAUAAGAAGAAAAUAAUUGUGGAAAAAAAGAGAGAGCACAGCCACUCAGAAAUAUAUCAAGAGCUAAUCUCGCUGGGCCAUGCGGAAAAGCAACUAGAUAUCAAAGUUGUUAUAAAUAAACAAAUGCACACAAAGACACACAAAGAAGAAAUAUAUAUGCUGUAAUAAAUAGGAAAAUACACAAACAAAUAAACAAAGAAGCAAGACAAAAAACCGUCUGUGCACACAAUUAGCUGCAUAAAAAAUACACCAAUCAAUAUUUGGAGAUGACGAUUGCAGACUGCGCUGCAGGGCGGGAGAAAACAGCCAACCUAGAGGGAAUAAAUGAUCCUGCAUUCAUUAUCCUCUUUGUAGGCAUGCUGGUCUUGGAAGCAACAACAAUUCGGCUCUGUGAAAUGAACUGUUAUCCCAUACCCCACCUUGGGUACAUCCCUCGUAAAAACACAACAAGUGGUCCAGCCCGUCCCACCCUCCACGUACUU